CCGGGCCCGCCGCUGCCCGCGGUGACUUGGUUGGGUCACAUGUCUGAGGACUCCGGGCUGUGAUUGGCCAGCCCUCUGGUGACGUCAGACGCCACAGCGCGCGCCGAAGGCCGGCGGGUCGCAGCGGAGCUGUAAAGCGUUAGGCCGGUGCGAGGGGGCUCGGCGGCGGUGCUGGGGGCGGCAGUGCGCCUCUCACACUCAUGAGGAGCCGGAAGCUCACAGGGGGAGUUCGGUCUUCAGCGCGCCUGAGAGCCCGGAACUGCUCAGCCAGGUCGACCUCUGCGCAAGGAGUCGGGAUCGCCCUGUCCACCAGGACGGUAUGUCAGACCCCCCCAUCACACAAAGCCACGGACAAGAGAACUUCCAAGAAGUUCAAGUGUGACAAAGGUCAGCUUGUGAAAUCAGAAUUACGGAAGCUGGUCCCUAAGAGUGAGAGUGCUGCCCUGCCCGGAGCGCCCCUGCAGGCCCCGUGUAGGGAUGAGCCCCUGGAGGUGGCUGAGGACAGCCGGGUGCCCCCGCUCCCACCCCAGGGAGGGGAAGCCGGCCCUUCUGCUCCACGGGAGACCACAGGCCUUCCCUUCGGUCACGGCCGCAUCGUGAGUGGCGCUUGCUCCGUGAGGACUGAAGAUGGCCUAUCUGGAGCCCUUCCCGGAGGAGAGUCAGACAGUGGCUCCACCGCGGGGGGCGGGUCCACGCUGGAGAUGGAGCAGGUCCGGCCGCCGCUGCUGCAGAUGGACAGCAGUGUCUUCCUGGAUGACGACAGCAACCAGCCAAUGCCCGUGAGCCGCUUCUUUGGCAACGUGGAGUUCAUGCAGGACCUCCCUCCAGCGUCCUCUUCGUGCCCUUCGGUGAGCAGGCGCGAGUUCAGGAAGAUGCAUUUCAGAGCCAAAGACGACGAGGAGGAAGAGGCAGACACGUAGGAGCGACGCACACCGCUCCCGUGUUUACUGCAGCUGACGGCUUAGCAAGUUACGGGGCUUAAUAAAAUGCAUCCUCAAGAGGACGUGACCUUAACCGAACUUCCUGUGGGGAGGCUACCCCAUGGCCCGGGCCAUCCUCGGGGGCGAAGCCGUUGCUGCUGGCAGGAGGGGUCUUGUCUUCCGUCUGCACAGACAGGAGGGUGGCUCCACGCAGCCGAGGCCCGGGGUAAACAUGUUUCUAGAGGAAACUCCACCCAGCUGUUUAGUUUUGAUAACUGCACAUGGUUCCGUUGUCAGAAUUUGACCCUUGUGGUUGAUCCGUGGCAGUUCUUAACUGUUUCUGUGGAUGAAGCCACAGGGUACCUCGGAAAUUUUGCAAGAUACAUAUGGGGAAAAAUAAAAUGUUUUGAAAAUACUUUUAAGAGGUCUUAUGUCCCUAAAACUGGACUCCUUCCUAAAAUGUUUGGGAGCAAAUCCCGCCCUACCUCCUGCCAGGGCAGCCUCUGCACCCAAACACCCGGUCGCAGCCCGAGCCGAGCCCCAGGCUGCCCACCUGAGGGAAGACCCUCCUCCUGUGUGAGGGGUGGGCCUGGGACGCAAGGGGGAGGUGCUAUCUUGUGGUUUAUAAGAUCACCCUGGUUUCCCGCUCACAGCUGUGCGAACCCCUGGAGUUCCCUAAGUGUGGAGUGUCCUGUUAAUGAGGUGACUGGGACCCCGGGGUGGGGCUGGUUGCCAGAACCAGCCUUGCGGUUAAAUUGGACACCCAGUCCCACGCCUGGACCUCGGGAGGAGGGCAGGGCUGUAGGUUGCAUCCAUGGCCAUGGCCAAGGACUUAGCCAGUCCAGACGCUGUGAAGCCCCAGUAAAACCUCAGAGGACAGCACAGGGCCUUGUUCUUUUCGGAAAUCUUCCUUCCGGGUUAGUGAGCACGUGGAAAAGGGGGGGAGCCUGAGGAGUCAGGGCACAAAGCUCCAGGCCCGAUGCCGCCUACCUUGCCCUGUGCAUCUCUUCCAUUGAGCCCAGUCUAACCUUUUACGACAAACCAGUAACAUGUCUCUGUGGAGGCCGGCCGGCCGGCCGCUCCGCGCGGGGCCUGGGCGGAGGCUGCAGGUCCCUGCCCGCACUGCCCGACCCGACCCUCCACACGCAACUGGCUCAGUCCAAGGUAUUCCUGUAAACACUGGGGGGAGAGGUACUAUUUGGGAUCAGUUUAAAAAAAGUCACUGAUCCCUUACUGAAAAAGAUGGACAUGAGGACAAUGAGUGCAAACUUUCUUGAUGCGUCUGUAUGAAAAACUUUAUUGCUCUUCCUGACUACAGUACAUGUGAAAAUUCAAGUGUUAAAAUGUAAAAAAUACAUUUAAAAAAAUUAUGAAAUAAAUGCUCAUUUCAAAAA